AUGGACCGAUUAAACCGGAUGCUGGCUGCGGCCCAGCAGAUGGGUGGCAUGGGCAUGAACGGUCCUGCUCAGGACACCCAACUCAUCGACAACUCCGAAACCGUCUACAUCUCCUCCCUCGCGCUACUGAAGAUGCUCCGACACGGCCGCGCCGGCGUGCCCAUGGAAGUCAUGGGUCUGAUGCUGGGCGAGUUCGUGGAUGACUACACAGUGCGGGUGGUGGACGUUUUCGCCAUGCCUCAAAGCGGUACGGGCGUCAGCGUCGAGGCGGUAGAUCCAGUAUUCCAGACCAAGAUGAUGGAUAUGCUGCGGCAAACGGGGCGACCCGAGACCGUCGUAGGCUGGUACCACUCGCACCCCGGCUUCGGCUGCUGGCUCUCCUCCGUCGACAUCAACACGCAACAGUCCUUCGAGCAGCUCACCCCCCGCGCCGUCGCCGUCGUCGUCGACCCGAUCCAGUCCGUCAAGGGCAAGGUCGUCAUCGACGCCUUCCGCCUCAUCAACCCGCAAACGCUGAUGAUGGGCCACGAGCCGCGGCAAACAACCUCGAACCUGGGGCACCUCAACAAACCUUCCAUACAGGCGCUGAUACACGGCCUCAAUCGGCAUUACUACAGCAUCGGGAUCAACUACCGCAAGACGGGGCUCGAGGAGAACAUGCUGAUGAACCUGCAUAAGCAUGUGUGGACGGAGGCGCUGCAGAUGGACGACUUUAAGCAGGAGGGCGAGCGGAAUAUCGAGAGGUUGACGCGGCUGGUCUCGUUGUCGGAGGGGUACGAGAAGAGGGUCAAGGAGGAGACGGAGUUGACCAAGGAGCAGCUGAAGACGAGAUAUGUGGGCAAGGUGGACCCGAAGAAGCACAUCGAAGCCGUCGGCCAGCAGCUCAUCGAAGACAACAUCGUCUCCGUGUCCAGGCAGAUGAUCGACAAGGAGGCAACAGUGCCAAAAGCGAACGGCGAGGUGAAUGGCCACAACGACAUGGAGGUGGACCGCGACGCUGAACUCUAA